AGCUUGUCUCCAGAAACUAGAAACUGUGCUUAAUUCAGCUGCUGACAAGACAUGACAGCUUCAGCGGCUGACAAGACCGAGCAGUAUGUGCGGUUGGAGUGUAUAGAUAUUUUAAUCCACGUGACCACGGGAAAGAUAAAUAUAGAAAUACCACAUGAUCUGUCGACUUAACAGGAAUGCUAUAAUAUGCAUAUGCACAUCUUGAUUUUGGAAGCCAUGCUCUGCUAUUCCCGAGUCUGUGAUACUAGUGUGCUGAUUACUGUAUAGACCUGAAGAGUUCGAUUUCUACAUUGACUGUCUCGCGAGGACAAAAAAUGUAAACAUUGUGUUAAGUCUUACGUGCACAGAUCGUCUUGCACGUGCUGGAGAUACAUCAUUGUUUAUAAUAUAUUUGUUUACUACGUAGUUGAAAACCUGAUCAGACUGUGAGGAACAAACAAAUUAACGGCUACUGUGGUAUUUACUUAAAGCGAUCGGUCAGUAAGUGAUACAGAACCAUGGAGUGGACACUUCUCAGCGUAGCCAUUACUUUGGUAAUGGUCGGAGAGCUGGUACAGGCAGAUCAACAACUUUCAAGACAAGAUGUCCUCAAUCACCUCCUCAACACUUCUCGGUACGAUUCGAGUAUAGCUCCAAACUUUGAGCAUGACACAGCGACAAAUGUGACGAUCCAGCUGUUCGUCCGCAGCAUACAUUCCAUACGAGAGAUAUCUAUGGACUUUUCUGUGGAUAUAUUUCUACGUCAAAAAUGGAUUGAUCCUCGUCUUGUGUUCACCAAUAUGACUGACAUCACAAGACUCGAGUUGGAUCAGAAACUCAUUGACAAAGUCUGGGUCCCCGACACAAUCUUCACUAACGAGAAAGAGGCCGCUGUCCAUUCUAUAACAGUACCAAACAAACUCAUGCAUCUGUACCAGAACGGGACUGUGUUCUACAGCGCAAGGAUUGGAAUGACAUUGAAUUGCCAUAUGGAGCUCCAAAAGUACCCACUUGAUUCACAGUUCUGUCCGUUUUACAUGGAGAGCUACGGAUACACGACAGAAAACCUUGUAUUCCACUGGGAUCAAAAGAAUGCUUUGGAAAUUACUGAUGUUGAACUGCCUCAGUUCUUCAUAGAAUCUGUGUCUUACUUCGACCGAUGUGACAAAGACUAUGGAGAAGCUGGUAUUUUCACGUGUUUGGAGGCUGGAGUUCGGUUGAAAAGGAACACCGGGUAUUACGUCAUUCAAGUAUUCGUACCCAGUAUCCUUAUUGUAAUUCUCUCUUGGGUCUCGUUUUGGAUCGACAUUGAUUCGACACCAGCCAGAAUAUCAUUGGGUGUUCUCACUGUGCUCACCAUGACAACGCAGAGUUCAGGUGCACGCUCCCAGCUACCACGUGUGUCGUAUGUAAAAGCUAUUGACGUAUGGAUGGCCACGUGUCUCUUCUUCGUUUUUGGAGCAUUAAUAGAAUUCGCUUGUGCUAAUGUGACAUUCAGAGGGAAAAAGAAGGUGAAUGGUCUCCACGCGACGGCUCAAGAGAGUGGCGAUGGUGCACCAAAUAAAUCUAAACUCCGAUUUUUUAAGAAAUGUGACGACCCGAAGAGACGAGCUCGAUAUAUCGACAAAUUUUCCCGGGUCCUGUUUCCUCUCGCUUUUAUCAUUUUUAAUUUGAUAUUUUGGAUGUAUUAUUCCUUCGCACCAGACGAUAAUCAACGUAUUACAUAAACGGUUUUUGUUUUGUUUUGUUUUUUGUUUUUGUUUUUUUUUUUUUUAUCUUUUUCCUUCCUGUUUACCCAAUUAUCUGCAGGUUAUAAGAAUUGUAAAGCACGAUUUACCAUUCCAGAGGAUAUGUCAACAUUUGUAUAAAUUUGUUGCUAAGCUACCAAGCUUUCAAUUUUUUAAGAAGGAAAUUGAUAUGCAUAGUUUUUUUCAAUAAUUGAUAGAUACUGUAUGGCUGGUUAUUUUCGCGAGUCAAAACAUUUCGCGAUUUUCUAUUUAAAAGAUCUCGAAUAACAUUUUAACGAAUUAAAAUAUCGCACACUUGAUGUGAAAGGACGUUUACGCACAAUUUGUCUCAUUUUCGCGAUCUUUUUAAUAAACCGCGAAAAAUGGAAAAUAUCAUCCCCGUAAAAUAACCUGCUAUACGGUAUAAUGGUUACUUUCGGAGCAGUUCUUUUGUUUUAAGAUGCAUACAGUGAUUACUUGCUUAUUUCAAAACAAAAUGUGAUAGACGGUCUCUAUGUUAUUUUCUGUAGAGACAAUAUAUGCGUUAAGAAAAUGACUUAGGGAUUUCCAAUAUAUCUGCCAUUUAGUUACAAGAACCAUACGGCAUCAACAGUAGGUAAUGUCCAUUGUUUGUCGCGCUUUUCAUGUUUUUGCAUUUCAAUGUGUGUGUAACACGAUCGUCAAACGUGCGUGGUUUUAAUUCUGAAAUUAGGAUAUGUUCUAUUUUAAAGAUUUUCUUUUUAGCUUUUUUUUAUAAGUGAUAAUCCAUAAAAUUCAACAUAAAUAUUUGAUUUAACGUCUUUCAUUCAUGUUACCUACCUUUUCAAAGUGUUACUUCUGAAGUAAAUUUCAAAUUGUCAAUAUGCUUACAGUAUUAAUGUUAUGCUGUUUGACAGCUUGUAUUUGUGAAUAUAUGAUGAGUUGCUUGCUAAAUGUUUAACAUUUUUAUACCUGUUGUAUCUUUUCACCGCUAUUUGUGUACUUUGAUAUCACCUGGUACAGGUACAUUUGAUACUUGUUUAAUGAUGUUAAAAAGCUUCUUAUAUGAUAAGAUAUAACAUCAGCCCUUCCAAAUGAUCUUGAGAAACUUGCAACUUAUUUAAAUGAAUCUUGUUUUGUCCAAUUUGUAUAUUAAAUUUAAUUUUCUUCAAAAGAAUGAACGUUUUAAUAAACUUUUAAGAUAGUAAUAUAUUG